AAGCCCAAAAUACAACGACACUAGCGAAACGACAGCUCCAAAAUGCAACAACACCAAUGAAACAAUGACUCCAAAGAGACACAACAUCAGAGAAACAGCAGCUUCAAAAAACAAUAAAUUAGUGAAAAAACAACGGCUCCAAAAAACAAUAGACCAGAAAGCGUGCAACGACGACACCAGCAAAAUGAUGGAACCAAAAUGCGACACCACCAAUGAAACAACGACAUCAAAGAGACACGACACCAGAGAACCGGCGGCCCCAAAAAAUGACGAUCAAGAUUAUCUAAAAAAAAA